GUGACGUAGCGUUUUGACAUUGCGCAGUGUUGUCACAACGGCAUCAGGCACAAUACAAGAGUGGGUGGACGGGUAGGCACGGAUGUCAACAGACAACCCUGGAGAUGGAAUCACCACGGUCGGUUGUAAGCUGAAGGAGUUCACCGCGGUCAUCAUAUCUCGCGAUGGCUCAUUCUGCCAUGCGUUUUCUUGUGCAUGCGGGCCGCGCACAAACAUAACAUGUUCCCGUUUUCCACGGCAGAAGAUGAAGGCGAUGAAAUGGCAAACCACAAUCCGAUCAAUCUCGAGAAUGGCUUCACGCUCCUUGAGGAAGGUGAUGGAGAUGCAGGGUGGGACUCGAUUCUGAGCAAAACCGAAAGCGAGCUUCAUCGCCGUGGUUUCAAGAGCAAAACAACAGCGGCCACGUGUGUGAGCGUCUCGUGUUGAACUUUGUUCAUCGCUUACGCAGGAGUAGAAGAUCUCGUGCUGGCGUCGAGAAUGCAAGGCACGAAGGCGAGCUCCCUCCGAUUGGCCCACAUGGACGGCAACCUGAAGAAGCCGGCGAACCCGUCAUGAACGAGUACGACAAGGCUGGAGCCAGCACCUACGCUCGACGUGAAAGUGCCGCAGUGGCUUCUCUCUCUCUCGGCCCGUGGUGUUCUUAUAUCAAGUAGAAGUAGUUGACGAUAGCUUCGGAAACACAGACCAGUAUUUCUGGUUACGGAGAGUCCAUUACCGCGUUCGUUCGAUUUGUGUCGUGCUGUUUCUCGCUGCCGAUCAGGAAAUCGUGGUCAAAAUUUAAGCAACCGCCGUCCUUGUUGAGGGAAGAGAGUCAUUUCGGUUCCUCGAAGACCUGGCUGUAGAACCAACCAACAAUGAUGGAAACGGAAACGUACGUAUGCUGUCAGGUAUCCGCUGAGGUCUUCGACGGGACAAAUUACCAUGAUGAAACCCUCUUUGGUACCACGUGUUUUGCAAUAUUGUUUUUGUUUGGCUGCCCACGUCGAAAAAGAUGCGGUGGUUAACGUACAGUGUACAAAUGACGCAAGGUCAACCACCUCGUAGUCAUAGGCCUGGGCGGAUUUCAGCGGUGUACCUCUUUGCAGGUCAUAUGGCGGGUGUCGCAGUGUAGGCAGAUCCUCGUAGCGCUUGUCACGAAGUUGGGUCGCGCUUCCGAAUUCAAGGCAACAACCAUCCACCCACGCUGGCGUCCAAAUAGUGCAGAAACGUGGACUAGAUGAAGUCGAGCUAGAUUUGUUUGAUGGGGACGGCAGUGAGUCGUAUAGUGGGGGGCUUCACCGCUGACUGUCAGGGAUGAGACGAUUUCGGGGAUCCGGUUGAUAAUGAAUCUGAGCCUGACCCUGUACUGUCUGUUCAAACGGGGAGGAUGCAUGCCAACCUGAUGGAGGCCUGCUCGAGGUGUGUACGCAUGGACACCGAAAACACGUCCAGGGACUCUCGCCCACAUGAGGCGAACAUGUUUGUUGACUGGAAAUGGAAUAGAAAGCAUUUGCUGACAGACGCAUAAGUGUUGAUGGUGCCAAGCCUCGGGCGGAACUUCAAGACCCGCCACUUCAUCCUUAAAGAAGUAAAAAGCAGAAUACGGUGAGGGAUUUGAGCCGGGUAGGGCGGGCAAGAGGGUGAAGACAGAAAGUCCUCGGCAGAUCAAAAUGGGUAAUAUGUCUAUAUAAUCUAGAAGGCUUCAGUUGCAGGCAGCACGUUUGUUGUUGCAAUCAGGAGUGCCGAGGGCAUGGCGGUGCGUGUAUACAGCUUGGUUGUACUGUAGUGUUGCAAAUAUCAUGUUGUCCGUUGUAUCGCGUAGGUUUUUGUUGUGCAACAAACCCCUUUUGUUUUCUGAUGAUGAAAGCUUGUAGCUUUCUUGUGAUGGCGAAUAUUUGGUGUAUUUGGCUUGGAGAGCUACACGAUACAACCUGGUUUCAAGUAGCUGGUUUUGUUUUCUCCGUGUAACUUUUCUUGUUCGUUGUUUCCUGUGUGCUCCGGCGUAGGUAGGGCACAAUAUUUGGCAGGACAGAAAGCCAGGCACCGGCAAGAUACAAUCUCCAUUCGGAUACAAUUUAGUGCGUCCCAUUGCGAUGACAAGCACAACUACUCGCGAGGUUUCUUUGAACGAUGCACGAGGGGGGCGGUGCAGCACGGUUCCUGAUUUUGUUUCGUUGAUGUAAAUCAGCGAUGUAAGGAUACUUCACGCAGCGCUUCGCUGCUUGCUUGUUUCGAAUGAUCUUGUUGCUUCGAGUGUUCUUGGUUCGAGGAUUUCCCCUCGCACUCUGUCUGAGUGGAGACUAAGAAGACGGGAAAUGUCACGAUCAGUCACGUACAGGAAAAUGCGUGGAAGAUAGAUAUCGAACAGCAGAUAGCUACAAGGUGGUGAGAUAUGCAUUCAUGCCGAGUGUACAGUGUGUAGUUGAAACCGCGCGGAAAGAUACAGCAUUUUUCCUUUGUUUUGACAUCUGUUAUGGCGCUCCCUCUCCGGCUUUACUCCCAGCAGUUCCACGUCAUCAUGCCCUUGGCUACCAUACUCCACCACCACCACAACACACUUGCUAGUCUUCGGAGAGGAAGGCAAAGCUGUGCUGUGCUGCGCCGUAAGGCAGAACAUGUGUGGGUCGAGACCAAGAAGAGACCAAAGAUACCGGAGAUACAGCAUGAUUUUCUUGUUCCCAGACGGUCGAUUGGCGCUUCCUCUUCGGCUUUGGUAGUAGAGACAGUCUUCCCUAUAGAGCUGGCCCUCCCUUUCCGCGUCUGUCGGCCUCAGUACGUGCUUGUGGCUGUUGCUGUGGUGCCG